AUGGCAUCCAACAACGUUGAAGACUUCAACUCAUCAGCUGACUCCGAAUUUCACGAGGAAUACCACACCAACGAAAACGUCCGCAAGACCAGCAAAGGGAAGACUAUGCUCAAGAUAUGCAUCCUCGUUCCCUUAACCCCCUUCAUAAUAGCCGCGUUUGCGCUCGAUGUGGGGCUCGAUGUGGGAAAAAUUCUCGCAGAGUCGCUUGUAGAAGGUGGGCAGUCAGUCAAAGGCCGGAUACGGGCACACCAGGAUGCAAGGGCCAGAAAGUGGCUAGGAGAAGCUGUCACUUGA